AUGCGGCAUUUGCCCCAUGCUAUCCCCAUGACUUCCAGUUCCACAAAUGUGAUUGGCGUAACCACGUUCACCACCCCUGUGCGCCCAGCUCGCCCAAUUGGUACAGUCAAGCUUAAGAAUCAUCAAACACAAGAGAGCGCCCUCUUUCUGGAAGAAGUCGCAUUUACUGCAUAUUACCCUGCAGAAGUUGAUGGCUCCUCGCAAAAAGGUGUUUCAUGGUUCCUUCGGCCGUUGAGGGAGUCACUACAUGGCUUCGCAGCAUUUCUAGGUGCCAGGGAAUGGCUGUUGUGGCCUAUAGUAUACCUCUUUGGAGCUUUUGUAAAGAUACCAGCCUAUCCCAACGCCCCCCUUCUCAGCACUCGACAAACCGAAGAUUUUACCCAGUGGCCAUUGGUCAUCUUUUCCCAUGGGCUUGGGGCCGGAAGAACUGCAUACAGCCAAUACUGUUGCCGCCUGGCUGCCUCUGGUAAAGUCGUCCUUGCGGUCGAGCAUCGAGAUGGUACUGGUACCGUUUGUAUGCGUCGCUCAUGGAAUGCAGAGGGGAAGUCAGAACCCAGAAAAUUGUUUUACCUACGGGAAACAGAUGUACAUUUGGAAGAUACUGAUACAAUAGACACCCAUCCAAUACCCUUACGCGGCCAACAACUGGCGUUUCGCCACCAUGAAAUCUACAUAACCUAUUCGUCAUUUUGUCGUUUCAUCCAACAAGAUUCGACCUUGGAAUUUGACACUAUAGACGGGAGCCCGUAUGCUCAACAUAGGUGGUCGGAAUUGAACAAUGCAGGCCAAAGUCUGAUUCGAUAUGAUAACGAUGUCGUUUUAGCCGGCCAUUCAUUCGGGGGGUGCACUGUGCUUUCUAUACUUUCUACGAGACCUUAUGAUGGAUAUACAUCAAUACCAGUUGAAAGGGCCGUUAUCUUGGAUCCCUGGUUAGAACCGCUUCCUUCUCCUGGCCCUGUUCCGUUGCCAAAUGAUAUUGCCGAUGCUUAUUGCCCAAAACCUGCCGAAAAAACUGUUAAGUCUUCUGAUGAUAUCGUUUCUACCUCCUCGAGUGCAGAUUCUGAGUUCAAAAAACCUCACCCAUCUAUUUUGGUGAUUAACUCGGAAACCUUUACUUUAUGGAAAGAUCAUUAUACGCGGUUGAAAGACGUUAUCGCGGGAUGGGAACCCCAAGGUGAUCGAAUUUUGACUAUAGUUGGCUCUGAACAUGUGUCGUUCUCAGAUUUUCCAGUACUUCCUAUCCUUCGGAAGAAAAAUGCUCGACUAAUACUCGAUACAAUCACACAACUUUCUUUAUCAUUCCUAGGCGGUACCCUGGAAGAAACUCUUCAUGUUGUCCCGACUGUGCCAAUGGAAACCACAGUUAUGGGGCUAAGAAAGGAUGAACUACAUAUUAUUUUCAGUACAAAUUAUUAUUUCAAAUCCUUGACGUCAACUACAACGAUGAACAUCCGAGUAAUGAGAGUGGAAGAUAUGAUGGGGAUGCAGGCGUGCAAUCUGCAGAACCUUCCAGAGAACUACACAAUGAAAUACUACAUGUACCAUGCGAUGACCUGGCCUUCUAUUUCUUAUGUCGCUGAGGACCAUAAAGGGCGAAUUGUUGGAUACAUUUUGGCGAAAAUGGAUGAGGAGUCGUUGGAGCCUGGAAAAGAGCCUCAGGGCCACGUUACGUCGAUAUCCGUUCUGCGCUCCUAUCGAAGAUUAGGAUUGGCGAAGAAACUUAUGUUGCAAUCCCAAGAAGCCAUGUCGAAGGUAUACCGAGCCAGAUACGUCUCACUGCACGUCCGUAAAUCGAACAGAGCAGCGCUUGGGCUGUACAGGGAUACAUUGGGAUUUACAGUGAAGGAUAUUGAAAAAGGAUACUAUGCCGAUGGAGAAGACGCGUACUCCAUGCGUCUGUCGUUGUAA